AUGUCAAACCUUCCCACCAAGGACGACAUCAAGGCUCAAGCCGUCGACGGUCGCCCCAUCACCCAAACCGAAGCUGCAGCCAUCGCCUCGGAAGAGUCUAGCUUGACAGGCGGUGGUCCCAUCAAGGGUGGCGCGGCUGCUACUGCUCAAAGUAUGCACGAUAGACAAAAGAACUUUUUGGAAAAGGCUGGCGAUGUUGUGAGGAAGGCUCCUACUGAGGUGACUAAGGAGGAUGCCGCUGAGAUACAAAGGGCCGAGGCAAGUCGAAGCUGGACUAUUCGACAGAUAAUAGGCGGACCUCCUGGAAAGGGAUCGACAGCUGCUGAUGUGCAGUCUGUUGCCGAUACAAAUGCUCAGGCAUAA